GUCUGAUCUUCUGGUGUUGAUCGAGGGGGUCUCUGACCUGCACGGAUUUCCAUAGCUGAAGAAAAAACAGCUUGGACCCAUUAAAGAUCUUUCAGAAUCAUCUGUUUUUUAUUUGCUGGGCCAUCACACAUGUGUACAUCGGUGGUUUGAUCUCAGUCAUUCAUUUGGCCUUUUUUUCUCCCUUUUGUUGGAUUUUUUUCAUUAUUGUUUUUGUACAUAUCUGUUUGGACCAAAGGCGGUUGGAUUACAGAAAGUGAAUAAACGGAUUUGUGGAAAUGUUGGGUCCUCAAGAAGACAAAUUAUGUGGAAUUGUUUCUGCUCUGGCAGCUUUGUCCUUUGUCUGCUUUGUACAAAGCACCUCCACCGGAAGUACCGGAAUAUCUGUGGCCAAGACGACAGUGGACAAAUUGCUCAAGGGGUAUGACAUUCGUCUGCGGCCUGACUUUGGAGGUCCUCCAGUCAUAGUGGGAAUGAGCAUCAACAUAGCCAGCAUUGACUCCAUUUCAGAAGUCAACAUGGACUACACCAUCACCAUGUAUUUCCAGCAGAGCUGGAGGGACAAGCGGUUGGCCUACUCUGAGAUGGCUUUGAACCUCACUUUGGACAACCGUGUGGCUGAUCAGUUAUGGCUGCCAGACACCUACUUCCUGAAUGACAAGAAGUCUUUCCUGCACGGCGUGACGGUGAAGAACAGGAUGAUUCGCCUCCACCCGGAUGGCACUGUUCUGUACGGACUGAGAAUAACCACUACAGCAGCUUGCAUGAUGGAUCUGAGACGAUACCCCCUCGAUGAGCAGAACUGCACCCUGGAGAUUGAGAGCUAUGGAUACACCACAGACGAUAUUGUGUUCUUCUGGCAAGGAGGGGACAGUGCUGUGACUGGUGUGGACAAACUAGAAUUGCCUCAGUUCUCCAUUGUGGAGCUACGCCUUGUGUCCAGAGAAGUGAGGUUCACAACAGGUUCGUACCCUCGGCUGUCGCUGAGUUUCCGCAUUAAGAGAAACAUCGGCUACUUCAUCUUGCAGACCUACAUGCCCUCCAUCCUGAUCACAAUCUUGUCCUGGGUCUCCUUCUGGAUCAACUACGACGCCUCUGCUGCUCGUGUGGCCCUGGGUGUAACUACGGUGCUCACUAUGACAACCAUCAACACCCACCUGAGGGAGACCCUCCCAAAGAUUCCCUAUGUGAAAGCCAUCGAUGUCUACCUCAUGGGCUGCUUUGUCUUUGUGUUCCUGGCCCUGCUCGAAUAUGCCUUCGUAAACUACGUGUUCUUUGGACGGGGACCCCAGCAGCAGAAAAGGAUGAACGAGAGGCUGAACAAAGCCAACAACGAACGCCCCCGCUAUGAGGAGAAGCGUCUGAGAGAACAGGAUUCGCUGUCAGCGCCGUUUCAAAGCAACACCCUCAGGUCAUAUACACAGCGAAGAAAUCUGUAUCUCGAGGAACAAAGAAAAGUCGGGGUGGAUGCUUACGGCAACAUUCUUCUCACCACUUUGGAGAUGAACAACGAGGUGAUGCCGUCUGACGUCGGAAGCAGCGUCAGCGACUCGCGGAAUUCCGUCAUGUCCUUCGACAGCUCCGGGGUGCAGUUCCGCAAGCCCAUGGCUUCGCGAGAUGGGUUCAGCCACCACUCGUUGGACCGCAGCGCCAUGCGCAGUCGCGCCAACUGCCGGCUAAGGAGGCGGUCGUCCAAGCUGAAGCUCAAAAUCCCCAACUUGACGGAUGUUAGCACCAUUGACAAGUGGUCCCGGAUCAUUUUUCCUAUCACUUUUGGAUUCUUCAACCUUAUCUACUGGUUGUAUUAUGUGAAUUGAUAUGCGUUCCCCCAGGAAACAUGGGCCAUAUUUUGAGAGCACAUUGAAUUGGCUUUGAUACAAUUGGAAAAUAUGUGUACACAUAUAUGAAAAGUUGAUACAUAUGUAUAUGCAUAUUUCUAUAUAUUAUAUUUCUAUAUACACAUGCGUGUGUUAAAUCUAAAGGACUUUUCUGCUGUAAAAAAAGUAUUAUAUAGAAUGACUUGAAUGUUUAAGAAUAAUACGAGAGAAACAUUUCAAGUAUUUGAAUUUCUUUUCCUUCUGAAACAAACCACAAAUAAACAAACAAACAAACGUCAACUCCCCAUUCGAGGGUACGGAACAAAAGACUGCAUGAUAUUUUUGCUAAAAGAAAAGAUUGUGAGAUAAAAAGGACACAACCGAACGACUCAUCGGCUUUUUAUCGAUACUGUAAUCAGCCUUUCCCAACCGCAGCUCAUGAAAUCAGAAGUGGCUUUUUGGGGCAUCAACCAAGCAGAACCCGAGGCCCGACCCACUGCUUUGCCCUCCCCUGGAAUAGACUCACGGAAAUGUCCGUUUCGACACUGUACAGCAACCUCUUUUGGGAUUAUGUGUCAUUCCUUGAUUUUGCAAGUGACAAGCGUUCUCUCUUUACUGGACCUCAGCUCUGGUCUAUGGUUUACACUGGACGGCUAUCUUGAGUUUAACCAAUGCAGUUCUACCUAGAGUCAGUACAUUUUGAUUUUCUCUCUUUCCUCUUUUGGCAAUUCUCUUUUGUUUCCAGUUUGGUCUAAAGGUAUAACCGUGUUUUUGGAGGGCGUCACCUUUACAUGUUCUAGAGGUAGUUCAUCAGUAGAUAAAUAAGCCACUGGUAUGCUUCAUUCAUCUUGAAUUUAAGAAAACAAAGAAAAAAAAGAGAGUGCAUUCAUUCAUUCUUUCAUUCAAUCAUUCAGUAGCCUUAUUGACAUGGUCAGGUAGUGUUCUUGUUCUUUCUUUAUUCUUGUUCCUAGUGCAUUUCAUCUGUUCUCUUGAUACAGUUCAUCUUGUAGAGCUUUGUGUUGUAGGGAGUGGAAGGGAUACCCUUAGUGAGCUGUAACGUUUUUUCAGAACGUGGAUUGAAGUAAGUCCAUCAACUAUGUGAAAAUGUACAAAAUAAGGAAAGAAAAGAAAAGAUUAUUGUGUAUUAAACAAGGGAUGUGACCACGGUUUUUAUCUGUUUCAUGUUUAAGUCGAUCGAUCCGACCAUAGUGUGACCUGAUAUUGUAUAUAUUCAGUCAUUGUAGUGAUUCAUCCUGAGAACGGUACACACCGACGUUUUAAGUUUCUCUAAAAUGUGCCUGUCUGAAACCUGAAGGAUGUGUCCUCAGUUCAUCAAUCAGUGAAAGAGGGUCAAACGACCCUUGAUCUAUGACCUUUCACUUUAAGCACUGCAGACCCACCCACAGCUCUGAUGUUUUGCAUCUUGGGAUUGAAUCUGGGAGAUGAAUUACAUCGGUAUAAUCAGGAAAAAAGCUUCUGAGUUUUUUCGAGGCAAAAUGACAUGUACUAUAAAAGCCAUGAACUGAAGUGACAACCAAAAAGGCCUAUAAUCCAUUUCUCGUUUUACCAUUUACCUCAGAUCAACCCAACACCACUUUUCCGGGGUUCGCCUCAUUAUGAUUUACCUCAAUAUUUUCUGGGGGAGUCCUUCACCACUGUCACUGAGGUCAUCAGAUCUCAAUCUGUCCAUGUCAACAUCCACAUUCAUUCAUUCAUUCAUUCAUUCAUCUUCCGUCCAUUUCAUCCAAACCUUGAUCACAAAGUCUCUAGACGUCUCAAUGGUCAAAAUAGGUCAGCUGAGUAGAAGGGAACGGUUGAGGGAUGCUUUUCGCGGCGUUGUGGGAAAAGUUUUUCAGGAUUGCUUGAAAACUGAGCAAGGAGACAUUUAGAAAGCAGGUCCAGUGAUGGCCUGGGAACAUGACUGCCUUGGACUAUGUUGAGUUGGCUAUUACUGGGAGGACAUUCUGAGCAGGUCUCAGACCUCUGAGCUCAAGAUAGUCCAUGGGCUCUCGCAUGGUACCACACAAGACCUCUCAUGGGUGGGAAAAGGGAGGGCAACAGAAAGACCAGUCACCAAACCACAGAUCAGUCACUCAUACCAUGAAGGAAGAAUGGAAUCGAUAUCAAAUGCUGUACCUCACGGUAUUAGCCAGGUCCUACAUUACUUUUCAGCAGAUGACCACAGAAGCAUAUUUGAGGGAUUUUCACUUAUUGUGUUUUAUUUUUUAUUGUGAGCAUGACCAUAACACCUGUGCAAGGGAGUCUGUACUCUCAAGUGCAAAUAGGGAAAUGCACAGAUAUUAAGUGUAGCAAUUAAGUUAAGCGCAAAUCUGCACUAAAUGAGGCUGGAAGUCAGAGUGCUUCUCUUGAGCAUUUAUUUGAGGUAUUAUGAGUGUUACGGGGGUGCCUUGGCCGGUUACAACUCCCAGAAGGCAUUGAAGAUGCUGCAAUGCUUUGCCAAGGAAAGUUCAAGCGCAAACAUUAGGUUUAGCCAAGUUAGAAGAAUUAGGUACCUUUGGCGUAAAAUAACCCAUGGGGUUUAUAUAUGAAAUUAUAAUGAAGACCUGUUAAGCUCCAAUUUUAGUCCACCUCCACUAGUGCAGUAUUUUAGGAUAGUUUAGUGAAAUAACACGACAAUGCCCAUCAUCCAUCAGUUGGUUAGCUGCAAACCUUGGAUACAUGCAGUGAAAAGAAAGAGUUUGCAUCGCCUUUGACAGAAGGGAACCUUGGAGUAGGCAUGACUUCUAGGUGGCAUUUGUUUAAUUAAGCGCCAGCUACUAUUAACUGAUAAGACUGCACAAUAUGACAAUUUAAAGGAUAUCUAUAUAUUUUUCUAUCAGAUAUUUGUGCUCUAUGAAGUUGUCAAUCAGUGUGACAUAUGUAAGUGCUCUAUUUUCUCUUGCGCAACUGAUAGAGCAAAAAACCUAUAAGGUAUAUAGUACUCAUAACCUGUGAUUUGGUAUAUUAUCCAUGGGACUAGUGGAUAAUUAGAAAUCCUUAGAAGUAGAUAGUACAAGGUGUUUCAUGAAUACAGUAUAUGCACGUAAGAUAACACACAUUUACUCCAUAGCUUAUUUUAGAUUACACAAACCCAUUAACCCUUCCUGGCACUAUAUAGUUUCACUUGGAAGUAUUCAGCUUAAUGUUCACAGGGUACGCUGAAACACUAGUGUUCCGUGUCAGAAACGGCCAGUGCUAUGUUUUCCAGUUGAGUAAGGAUUAGCUACAUGCUAAUGCAGCCAUACUGUGCCACUGAGACAUGCUGGAUGUUUGCUAAAGCGGAUAUUGCUUCAAUCAUCGUGUUCAUGUAGCACCAGCACUCUGUUAUGUCACAGUGAGCUUACACCUAGAGCCGAUAUUAGGUAGAAUUCUUGUUUUUUGGACAUUUGUCCCAGCAAGAUUUGCCUUAACAAGAUCACUAAGCAUUUUGUGAAACAUUUCAGAGCAAUACAAUGCAAAUACCACAACGUUCAGGAAGGAGGUAUACUCUUUCAAGUCAAUUCAAGCCUUAAAAAAUUGAUUUUAGAGCAUUGUAAUUUGACCAUUGGACAUUUGUCAUUUAGUCCGAUGACAAUUAGGUCAUCUGUGGUAGUACAUCCUUGAGAACUAAUUUGUUCUUGCAGUUUCGCUUCCACUGUUGAACAUUAGAACCAUAAUGGAAAGAACCAAUUAUCAUCUGUGGAUUUAGAAUACCGCUGUGUACUAACCAGACACGACGUGAUGCUGUGACAUGCAAUGGCAUUUAUCUUUUCCACGCCCUACCCAGUCGUGACAGUGGUACACAGUAGAUUAACAUGGAAAAUAUACAUUGUGUUUCGCACUAUGUCUGGUAAGAAUGUGGUGUAAAGGUUUUUCAAGUUGUCAGACUAUUGAACAAGGACAAAAUAUUCCGUCAUGUAAGAAAACAGAUGUUGGAAUUGUUUUCGAACAUGUUCCUCUAAAACCAAUCCCUUUAGUAUCUGCACUCCUGAAGAAAUAAGUUUCUAAAACUAUAUUCAGUUAACUUCACUUGGUUUCAAAAGUGAAACGUGGCUAAUGCAAAUUAGUUCACAUCAAUAAUUUUUAUAAGAAUAACCUAUUUGGGAAUCAUCAUUUUUGUUCAGCGUUAUACCGUACAUUAAAUGUGCACAUUUUCCUAGAAAAAGGAGGCUUGAGAAUUUGCCUAACUGCUAAUUUCUUUGUAUUAGCUGGCUUGAUCAAUUCACCAAGUCUGCAAUCUACUACUAUACAAAUACAACGAUCGAUGUAUUAGCUGUACAGCAUAUCUGACAUUUAUAUGGCACAGGUUGCUGGUUCUAAAAUACAAUCUUAGCCAUCAGGGUAAGCACACACUCUCAAUACAGCUUAUAUUUGCGGGAUAUCUGGUGCAAAUCAUACACACAUUUAGCUAUUUUGGAAGGUUUAUGGUUUAAUCACAGUGCUUGGGUAGAUAAAUUGUCAUUAAGACCAAUUUACCAGUUUACAAGGGUCAUACGGCCAAAAUACUCAGACAAAUGUAGCAGCAGUGGGCUGAGAGCGGGAUGGUAGUUGACUUAAGGCAGUCCGUAUUAAACCACUGGUCUUCUCGUUGUUAUUGACAAUUUUGUGUUUGUUCAAAAAUACUAAAGGCUACAUCAUGGCCGAUUAGCUAUUCUGUGCCAAUGCAUCGUCCUGUGUGUCUUUGAUUUUUAUGAAAUGAAUUCAUCAGAAGGUUGUCGGACUUGUUAUCGUCCAUUGAAGAAUGUGUCAGAUGGGUUUCAAUUGUAAAAGAUAUUGCUGCUAAUUACCUCUUAUAGCUCUCGUUUGGGUGAUAUUGUGCAAGACUACCGUAUGGUAGUGAAAAUUUUAAGAUUUCUAGCUUCAGAAAUUGGGUUUGAAUGGCCCACAUCUGACGCAAAUAGUAUUUGGCAAAUUGUGGCAUGGCGGUUUAGGUACUCUGUCAUAACACAGAAUCUAUAGAGGGAAACGACAAUAAUACAAUGAGAUAUUAGAAUAACAUUAUGUCAAGGUAGCAAACUCUUCAACACUGAUGUGAUUGUCAGCCUUUUUGGAGAAUGUGACUCAUCGUAAUAGUAAAGUAUGAUUUCUUUGGUGUCUUUAUUGGUGUCCGGUUAGGGGAAUAAGGAUGCUCUUCUUUUGCCUUGCACUGUGUUUUGGUUUCAGACUAAUAUAUUGUUUUUUUAAUGAUUUUUGUUUUGUACAACUCGUUCCGGGGGGCGGGGGGAGUGCGGUCUGGCACAACUCAAUGAUGCUAAUGUUUUCUGAUGACAAUGGAGGACAUAAUAAUCUUCGCACUAAACACAAAUCACCCCAUAUGCUCACGUCCACAUUUUCAUACCAUUAACAUAACUCGACAAAUCAUCGAAUAGCUUUUACUCGAGUACAUUGUUUUUGUCUUUUGCUACAUCCACCCGCCAAGCAGGAGAAAAAGGAAGUACAAAAACUGUUGAACUGAUUUUAAUGUGAAUUUUUCUUGCCUCCUGUGUAUAUGUGUAAUUACAUGUGAAUUGUAUUGUAAAUAUGAUAUCUUUCACUUAUAUUUCUUAAUGCAUGAACAAAACAGGGCAGUUGCUAAUAACAGCUAGCCUCGAUGCUAUCGGCAUGGACAGCUUUUUGCAGCACAGGCAUAACGAAACCUAUCUCUGAAAAAAGAAAAAGAAGAGGAAAAAAAUCACAAAAGAUACCGGUUUUGUUUUGCAUGUCUUAAGUUUUCGGAAAGGUUUAUUUUCAUAAUUUUCUAUUCUGGAACUGGCCAUUCACGUCACCCUCGCACACAAAGAAAAGUGUUUUUUUUUCAUGGAAAGGCAUUGAACCAAACACUGUAAACCUUUAAUUAAAUUAAGAACUUGAAAAGAAAUGAUGACGAUUAUAAUAAUGAUAAUUCUUUAAAGCUACCACAGCGGGAGAGCAAUGGAGAAGAAAUGUCAAGAAUAUGCACAUUUUCAUCCUCUCUUGCGUUUUAUGUAUCACAUACGGUUAAGAGUAGAUAAACACACCUAGAUUUGAAUAGACUAUACCUGCUUACAUCUCGUCGAACAGAAGAGCCGGGGUUCGACUGGCGGACUACAUCUCUGGUUAUGAAACCUUUACUGAGCAAAUCAGAGUUUGGAAAAAAGUACGAACCUGUGAAUUUGCUGUGCUGGAUUUUUUAUUUUCUUUGCAACGGGAUGAUGUCCCCGAUACACAGCAAACACGAGCAGAACUUCUAAGUAACUUAAAGUGAAAAUCCUCCAAACAUUGGCAAAUGUCUAGGGCAUCCACGUUCAAACCUGAUGGAUGAGAAUUCAACCGCUAUUCAGUACUGUUUUGUUUCAUUUCUAGUCGCCUGUGUUUGUUGUAUUCUUUAAAAGGAAUUGUUACUCUUAGCGUUGAUGUUUUCUCAUAGAAAGGAAAUAUAUUUCUACUUUUCAUCCUGCCCUGAAAGUAAAAUGCAUUUUGUUUUUUGUGUUGUACUGGUUUCGUUCACAUAAAGAUCUCGGUUUGAUUCUGUUGAACUGUUGAGGUGUGAUGAAUUUUGAUGCUCCAUUUGGGGAUAUGAUUUGUCUUCAUGAAAUCAACAUUUGUAAAGUAUAAGGUUGUGUUUUCUUCAUUUCCGUUACUUUAACUUUUUUAUGUUUUGGUUUUCGUUUGUUUUUAUGCUUUUGUUUCUUUUUGUCAGUGCCAAUUAAUGUAAUGGUGUCGGUCAGCUUUUCUAGGUGUUUGAGCAAAAUGUGUUUUUUACUAAUACAAGAUGUUAAAGUAUGUGGUACAAAAAAGGGUUCUAAAUAACCAACUGACUUUUUACAAAUAAAGGCUUAUACAGUAAAGAAUGACGACGCACGUCUUUUCGUUUGCCAUUUGUGGACUAAUGGUCGUGUUUCUUUCUUUUGCCUCAAAAGUUUAAACUAAUUAGUCCUCAAAUGGUAAAUCAUAUCUUUUUGUUUUCAUAACCAGCGGUACAGAGAGACCUUCGAAAUAUAUCCAAACUGCUGCAGGUCUUGACCUUGUAAGUUUCUUUUUCUUUCUUUUUUUUUUUUUAAAAGGCUGCGGAGACAAAAAAAAGUGCAAACUGAGAUUGCAAACAGACGAAAGACCAUAGCAAUGUCUUGUAUAAACAGUUUGAAUUGGAUUAUAAUCAUGACA